AACACCGUCGCCAUCUUUAAGAAUAUUCUGGGUCGGUAAGCGUUGUCGCAUAGCUAGCGAGCCACAAGGCCGCCCGCCGUUUGAAAACGACACAAACCCAGCAACCUUCCUGCAAAGCAGUAUAUUUUGUAUAUUUUAUUGCUAAACAGCUAGCAUUAACAUUUCUAGAAAAUGAGUGACAUUGAGGAUGGCAACUUUGGAGGACGCGAGUCCCGCUCCCCGUCCAAAUCGGACGGCGGCAGUCCCGCCCACGCUAAGUCGGAGAGCAGAUCCGGGUCGCCGAGCCCGUCCCGGGCCUCCAAGCGGUCCGAGUCUCGGUCCCGCUCAAGGUCCAAGUCCAGGUCUCACUCGCGCCGGCACUCGCACCGCCGCUACAGCCGCUCUCGCUCCCACUCCCACCGGAAGAAGUCACGCUCGCGCUCCUACAGCCCCGACUACCGCCGCAAGAAGAGCCAGAGCACGUCCCCCAUGUCCAACCGCCGGCGCCACACGGGCAGCAGGACAAGAUUCAGCCAUGACUUGAAAAAAGAAACAUACAGUCAUGGUGAUGCCAGGGCGAACCCGGACCCCAACACGUGUCUGGGCGUGUUUGGCCUGAGCCUGUACACCACGGAACGUGACCUGCGUGAGGUCUUCUCCCGCUACGGCCCGCUGGCCGGCGUCAACGUGGUGUACGACCAGCGCACCGGCCGUUCCCGCGGCUUCGCCUUCGUCUACUUCGAGAGGAUCGACGAUGCCAAAGAGGCGAUGGAGCGCGCCAAUGGGAUGGAGCUGGACGGCCGACGCAUAAGAGUGGAUUAUUCCAUCACCAAGCGGCCGCACACCCCGACACCAGGCAUCUACAUGGGCCGACCCACACAGCUUUUUCUCUCCCACAGUAACGGGGGAGGAGGCAGCAGCAGUGGGGGGAGGAGGCGGGACUCAUACUACGACCGAGGCUACGACCGAUAUGACCGAUACGACGAGUACGACUACAGAUACAGCCGGAGGCGCUCUCCCUCCCCCUACUACAGCCGCUACAGGUCACGCUCCAGAUCGCGCUCCUACAGCCCCCGACGAUACUGAGAGCCCGGAUCGCAUUAGCAAGGACUUUUUCUCUUUUCUCGUAUUGGAUCCUGAAGAAUGAUUUGUUUGUUUUUUUGUUACUUUUUUGGCGAUACGCAGUUGACCUACGGAGUAAGAAACGUGCCGGUAGGUGGAGCUCCGUCUCCAGCUCAGAGUGCAGCUGGAGGAAGGCCUGUUUACGUCUUUUAUUUUGUAGAGGUCUUAAUUUCCCUCUUCUGUACAGCCCCUGAAAAUAAAUGACUUUGCAUA